AUGAUCGAAAAAGCAGGCCCAAUAUUCGAUGCAAAACUCGCAUCUAUGUUUAUGGAUUGUUUACUUCGCUCUGAUGCCCCGGUGACGGAGAUGGCGAGGUUGGUUAAGAUGAUAAUCCGCACCCUCCACACCUCCCCCUCCCCGCACCUCGACCCCCAAUACUUCCGAACAGUACUUCCGCGCUACCUCCGGGUCCUUUUCCAGCUCUCCCUUGACGCGAAAGACGACGCACUCGCCGAAUCCGUCCUCGACCAGACCCUGGUUCUAGUUCGUGACGCGCACCAGUCUUCUCCGCCUCCAUAUACCUACCCCAAUGAAGAGAUUCAAUGGAUGUCGACCGUCGGGUUUAAUCGUGCUGUGGAGUUUUAUCGCGCGUCUAGAGAUGAGGAGUUUCAGCGUUGGGUAGAGAAGGCGAUUGCGUUGGCGGAUUUGAUAGAUGGGAUUCAUAAGGGUGAGUUGGGAGGGUUGCUACGGCGGAACUUUGCGAGGUUAACUUGA